AACAUUUGAAGUUGAUUUUUUCCUGGCAUUAUGGUCUUAACUCUUAACUAAAGAGCAUUUGUCCUUACAUUAGUUUAGUUAUUGCUACGCCUUUGUUAUUAUUCAAAUGAUACUGUUUGGGAUACCUUGUCAUCAACCAUGAGUGUUAUUUUACUGAUAUUCAACAAAAGCAAGCCCACUCAACAUGAUUGCAAAACUGUGAGGACAAUAACUGUAUAAAUCUACAAGGUCUAGUACAGGUUAUUGCUGAUGGUUACGAUGUCAUUUUUGUUAGAGUUAUAAUAUAAGUCAUGUACCCCUUUAUAUUUAUCUCAUUGUAUGAGGGGUUUCCUGCAUAUGUUCCACACCUGUACAUGUAUAUAUAUAUCGGCCUAUGGCCUCAUGGGAAUACAAGUUGCUUAUUCCUAACAUGGUAUUAGAGCUAGGUCAAUUUUUUUGCACGCUGCAACUCGUGCGUUUGAUCCUCUCUACAUCCCGAUCGAUCUCCAACUAGGGCCGCUCGAAGCCUCCCGCUCGAUCUCGCCCCGAUCGAUCUCCAGCUCCCGCCCGCUUCGAUCUGGUCCCGCAGGUCCCGCUGGCUUCAAUCCCUUCCUGUCUUCGAUCGAUUCCUCCCGAUCGAGCUCCAGCCGGCCCUGCAGCGCUCUCGUCCCGCAGCCAACUCCAAUCGGACUCCCGAAGGCCUACUCCAGCCGGAUCGGUUCCUCCUGAUCGAGCUCCUCCAGCCGGAUCGGUUCCUGCAGCGCUGCUCCAGCCGGUCCUGCAGCGCUCUCUUCCCGCAGCCAACUCCAGCCGGCCCCGGACUCCCGAAGGCCUACUCCAGCCGGAUGGGUUCCUCCUGAUCGAGCAGCGCUCUCGUUUCGCAGGCCCUUCUCCAGCCGAUCGACUUGCUGGUUGCCGGACGCAGGGGCCCAACUCCUGAUCUGUUACCGCCGUGCGCGCCAAAAAAAAAUGUCUACUGGAUCGGGCUAUGUUGCUGUUCCUCGUUGCCCGGUGAUUUUUGAUGGCUCUAACUACACCGAGUUCACUGGCUUCAUGCGCAUUCACAUGCGUGGCAUCCGUCUUUGGGGUGUUCUUUCUGGCGAGGUCUGUUGUCCGCCACGUCCAGUUCCUCCGGUGGCCCCUACCCCGCCAACUCCAUCGGUUCUUCCUACGGAUGCUAAUCAGGCUGCCAAGGAUGCGGCUAAGGUUGCUGAUGAGGUUGCUGAUCGUGCUUAUGAUGAGAGGGUUUUGGCUUAUGAGGAGGCUCUUCAGUUGUAUCAUGGUGCUCUGUCUGCUUACACCCAGUGGCUUGAUGAUGAUGCCCGUGCUGCAGCUGUUCUCACUGCUAGUGUUCUGCCUCAGUUUGCUUCUGAAUUUCUGGGUCUUUCUACUGUCUUUGAGAUGUGGACCCGUCUUCGUGAGCGCUAUCAGCCCUCUGGUGAUGCCUUAUACCUCUCUGUGAUCCGCCAGGAGCAUGCUCUUCAGCAGGGUGACUCUACUGUUGAUGACUUCUAUGCACAGAGUUCUGCUAUCUGGCGUCAGCUUGAUUCUCUCCGUAGUGCUGGGUGUCGUACCUGCCCCUGUUGCCAGGCUGUCCAGGCCAAUUUGGAGUUUCAUCGCGUCUAUGAGUUCUUGUCUCGGCUUCGUAAGGAGUUUGAGCCCCGGCGUGCUCAGUUGUUUGCUCGUGGCCGUAUUUCUCUCAUGGAGGCGCUUUCUGAGAUUCGUGCAGAGGAGACUCGCUUACGUGGUGCUGGUUUGCUGGAGGUUCCCUCGGUACUUGCUACUCGUGCUCCUCCGCCACCUGCUCCAUCGACCACUUCUCGCUCGAGUGCUCCGCCGCUCUUGCCCACUCCUUCUGGAGGCUCCGGUCGCCCCCGUCCACACUGCGCCUAUUGCAACAAUGAUGGUCAUCUUGAGUCUCAGUGCUACACGAAGAAGAAACACCUGCGCAAGGCUCGAUCAUCAUCUUCAGGGACUUCGUCGUCUACCUCGACAGCUUCAGCCAUUGCUUUGACUGAGCAGGAUAUUCUGAGACUUAAGCGUCUGCUCGCGGCUUCAGGUUCUUCCUCGACGGGUAUUGCCGGUUCUGUGACUGAUGCUUCCCGCACUGAGCAAUCACCCUCUACACAGUCAGGACCGUCACACGCACACUCUGGUUGGGGCUGGCCCUCGCCGCCGUGAUUCUCAGGGUCUUUGGGAGUUGGACUGGCUUCAUGUUCCUUCUGCUGCUACCACCAUCGCCAGUUCUUCCGCUUCUGUUGCCUCUGUCACUGGUUCCUUCCAGCAGUGGCAUCAUCGACUUGGUCAUCUGUGUGGAUCUCGGUUGUCUUCUUUAGUUCGUCGAGGCCUUCUGGGGUCUGUCUCAGGAGAUGUCUCUUUAGAGUGUCAGGGUUGUCGUCUUGGUAAGCAGAUUCAGUUACCAUAUUCACAUAGUGAGUCCAUGUCUAAGCGUC